AUGGUUGACUUUAACCAGAUAUUGUCAGCUGUUGGGGAAUUUGGCCCAUUCCAGAAGCGCCUGGUUGGGAUAAUAUGCCUCCCCAACAUCAUCUCAGCUUUUCACAUAUUUGUCCAGGUGUUUACUGGCCUGAAUUUCCCACACAACUGCAAUACUAACUGGAUUCGGAAACAAGGGCCGAACCUGACUUACGAGGAGCAGCUAAAUUUGACAGUCCCUAAAGACCCAGCUGGCAAGUAUGAGAGCUGUGAAAUGUUCACUCCUGUUGAACUUGAAUUUGAAGUCAUUGAAGCCUAUGGACUAAACACAACAGAGAAAUGCAGAGAUGGCUGGAUUUACAAAGCACCUCAAGGGAGUAGCACCUUAAUUACUGAGUUUGACUUGGUAUGUGAAAGUAAGACUCUGAAUGAGACCUCACAAUCUAUCUACAUGGCUGGACUCCUCAUUGGAGCUCUGUUGUUUGGACCAUUGGCUGACAAAUAUGGCCGGCGUUUUGUUCUGCUACUCUCUUUAACUUUGCAGUUCUUGUUUGGUGUGGGUGCUGCUUUCUCCUACAACUUUUACAUCUAUAUUGCUCUUCGCUUUGUGGUUGGUGUCACUAUGUCUGGCGUCAACAUCACUGCCAACAUCAUAGGCCCUGAGUGGUGUGGCCCAUCACGUCGGGCCUUGGUCACCAUCCUGUCUCACUGUUGCUAUGUCCUGGGGAUAAUGAUACUAUCUGGAUUGGCCUUCGGCAUCCGCAAUUGGAGGAUUCUCCAAUUAGUUGUGUCUGCACCAAUCCUGAUCCUCGGUGUCUACUUUUGGAUCCUUCCAGAGUCGGCUCGAUGGCUCCUGACUCAAGGCAGACAGGAGGAAGCCAAAAAGAUAAUCCUGAAUGCAGCCAGGGUCAAUGGCAGGAAAGUUUCAGACUCUCUGCUUGAAAGGAUGGAGUCUGAGAUCACAGUCAGAACCGGCAGCAUGCUGGACCUUUUCCGAGUGAAGAGUCUGAGAAAGAGGAUGUUGAUUAUGUGCUUUAUCUGGUCUGUGAUCUGCUUGGUGUACUAUGGGAUCAGUCUGAAUGUGGGAAACUUUGGUGUGGACAUCUACCUGACGCAGCUCAUCUUCGGCUUUGCAGAGAUUCCUGCUCUACUCAGCUGCUACCCACUUAUUGAGCGCUUUGGCAGAAAGAAAUCUCAAAGUGCAGUGUUGCUCCUCGGGGGAACGGCAUGUCUGGUCAUUCUUGCCAUCCCAGCAGAAUACCCCGUAGUGGUGACUGUCAUAGCAGUGUUGGGGAAAUUCUCACUUGCUGCUUCCUUUACCAUAGUGUAUGUGUACACUACUGAGCUGUACCCCACUGUCGUGAGACAGAAUGGGGUAGGAUUAAACGCCAUGUUUGGCUAUGUGGGCGGGAUUCUGGCUUCUCUCAUUGGUCUGUUGGAUGUCUAUCAUCAUGCCAUUCCAAUGGUAAUCUUUGGGAGUUUGCCCUUUCUCGCUGGAGUGCUUUGCUUUAUGCUUCCCGAGACCCUGAGCACAGAGCUUCCGGAUCACAUGGAUGCUUUCGUGAAUAAGAACGUGAGUGGAUACAGUCUUGAUUCAGUUGAAAGUGGAAUUAACCAGCAAGAAAUGAUGAAAGAAUCACCAAGGAGCACGGAAUUAUAAAGCAGUGUUUGUUGAAAUAAUUUCAUAAACCUGUGUAGAAUUAUUUGCCAUGUACUAUGAAACAUUCUUCACAUAAUGUUGAAUAAUGCAAAAAGCCCAACAUAUGCCUGUUGUAAACAUCCAGUGAUGAUGAUGACGGUGACACUGAUGACAAUUUAGACAUUCUGCUGAACAGCUUGUAAAC